AUGUUGACAAGCGUGGCAUUGUUGGCCGUAACCGCGGCGGAGGACUUAACGCAGCAUGUCGAUGUAUUCAUGGGUACUGAAGGUGGGGGCAACGACUUCCCCGGUGCGGUCAGGCCCUUUGGUAUGGUUAAACUGGGCCCAGAUCUGCUCCAGUCCGGCACCGACGCAUACUCCGGAUACCUGUCCAAUGGCGCAUUCUCCGGCUUCAGCAUGAUGCACGAGCAAGGCACCGGCGGAGCGCCCAAGUAUGGGACGGUCUCGCAGCUGCCACUGGUGGGCACUAUCGAUGACCCUCUGUCGAACAUCACGGUCUCGCGAGAGGGAACUGAUGAGGCCUCAGUAGGGUACUACAAGGCUCACACCGGGGAUGGGGUGGAGGUCGAGCUGAGUGCGUCGGCACGGGCAGGCAUGUAUCGUUACACCUUCCCGAACGACUCGCAGAAUCACAUCCUGGUCGAUGUCUCGCAUGUGUUGCCUUCAUUCCGGGGCCAGGGUCUUGGACAGAACUAUGAAGGCGGGGAAUUGAAGACCUACCAGGACGGCCAUUAUGAGGGCCACGGCAUAUAUAAUAACGGCUGGAACGAAGCGCCGGAUUGGACCAUCUAUUUCUGUGGCUACUUUGACUCGAAGCCAUCAAGCAGCAAGGCUUUUACAGCAACACGCGACGCAAAAAGCGUCGAACAGCCUGACGGUUCGGCAUCGUCGACAUCGGGGGCCACACGAGUGGGCGGACUGUUCACUUUCCACAAGGAUGAAGUAGUGUCGCGCGUGGGUAUCUCCUGGAUCUCCACAGAGAAGGCCUGUAAGAACGUAAACAGCGAGAUCCCGGAUGGAACACGUUUUGUCUCCGUUGUUGAUGAGGCGGUCUCGGAAUGGAACACCAAGGUCUUGUCGAAGAUCACCACGACCAACAGCAACGAAAAAAGCCUGAGCUUGUUGUACACUUCGCUAUACUUCAUGCAUUUGAUCCCCACCAAUCAGACCGGGGAGAACCCCGGCUGGGAAUCGUCUGAGCCCUACUAUCAGGACAUCUUCACAUUCUGGGAUUUAUUCCGUUGCUCCACGGCUCUCAUGCAGGUUCUGCAGCCUGUCGCCUACGAAGAGCAGAUCCGGUCGUUGAUUGAUAUCUGGCGGUUCGAUGGCUACCUGCCUGACGCCCGGUCGUCCAACUACAACGGCCGUACGCAAGGUGGCUCCAACGCCGACAACAUUCUCGCCGAUGCAUACGUGAAGGGCGUGCGUGGCGCCGUCGACUGGGCCGACGGCUACAAGGCUAUGGUCAAGGACGCCGAAAUGACCCCGGCCAACUACCCCGUCGACCACAUGUCCCCGGACUCCUCGACGCAUCAGGGCCGCGGCGCACUACUCGACUGGAUCGAGCUCGGGUACAUCACGCCGACCUAUAACCGGGCCGUCACCCGAGCCGUGGAAUACGCCUGCAAUGACUUCGGUCUGUACCAGGUCGCCUCGGGACUGAAGAAAGACGAGGAUGCGCAGAAGUACCUGAAGCGCUCGCGAUACUGGCGCAACCAUUGGAAUUCGGAUUUGACAUCGCUGAGCUUUACUGGCUUUGUUGGCCCGCGCGAUUCGUCGGGCGAUUUCAUCACCACCGAUCCGCUGAACGAUGCCGGGUACUGGACCGACCCCAACUACGAGGCCAAUUCCUGGGCCUACUCAUGGGCGGGAGUCCACGAUAUGAAACACCUGAUCACCCUGAUGGGCGGUGCGGCGACGGUGGUCAAGCGACUGGACAAGAUGUUUGAGGUCGGAGUCACCGGGUCCAGCGGGACUAUCUUUGACUCGACGAAUGAACCCAUGUUCAACAUCCCUUAUCUGUACAACUAUGUCGGGCGACAAGACCUAUCGGUCUACCAAGCCCGCAGAGUUGCCAAGAACGACUACACGACAGGGCCGUCCGGUCUGCCUGGCAACAGCGAUGCCGGCGCCAUGCAGACCUGGCUGCUCUGGAACAUGAUCGGUCUGUACCCGAUCACAGGGCAGACGACGUUCCUGAUCCACUCGCCGUGGUUUGAGUCGAUGACCAUUGAUCUGGGCGGAGGCAAGGCGCUGAAGAUUACAGCCACAGGUGGCGACGGUAAUGGAGAUAGCAACAUUUACGUGCAGAGCCUGAAAGUCAACGGCAAGGCGUGGACGAAAAAUUGGCUAACUUGGGACGACAUCUUUGCCCACGGUGGCACAUUGGCAUUUGAACUGGGGCCGAAUGCGGCGGAUUGGGCGACGGGCGACUUGCCGCCGAGUCCAGCAUCGGACUGA